AUGUACGACUUGAUAGAAGAUACAGGGAAAGAGAUCGAUCGACAAGAAUCACCAUAUGAGCCUGGUGGACGUAGUAGACUAUGGUUCUACAAAGACAUUCUUCAUGUCUUGCAACAAGACUCGGGGACUCACCAAAUUGAAGCCAUAUUUCUGGACUUACCUGAAAGUAUAGAAGUACAAUGGAGUGGAGAGGCAUUCAUGAAAAUGAAAAAUCUAAAAAUGCUUGUGAUAAGAAAAACAUGCUUCUCUGAAUGUCCCAAAUAUCUGCCAAAAAGUUUGAGGUGGUUGGAAUGGAAAGGGUGUUCUUUCAAAUUUUUACCAUCUUUGUGGCCAACUGAACUUGUUUAUCUUGACUUGUCCUUUAGUUAUUGUGAAUUGCUCCAACCAUUUGACAAGGCGUUUCACAAUAUAAGUUGUAUGAAUUUAAGAAAUUGCAAAUUUCUGCAGCAAAUACCUGACUUUUCUGGAGCUUCUAAUUUAAGAGAAUUGUGGCUUGAUGGGUGCACAAAUUUAAUUAGAAUUCAUGAUUCAGUUGGAUGUUUAAAUGAAUUGACAGAAUUGAGUGCCAUGCGAUGCAAAAAUUUGAAGAUUUUGCCAUCUUGCCUUAAGUUGACCUCUCUUAAACAUCUCAACCUCUUUGGUUGUUCAAGUCUCCAGACAUUUCCAGAAGUAUUAGUCAUGAUGGAAAAAAUGCGAACACUUGACUUAGACAAGACAGCAAUCACGGAAUUGCCAUCUUCAAUUUGCAAUCUUAUUGGACUUGAAAUCUUACACAUGGAAGAAUGUCCUAAUCUUAUGCAACUACCAGCUAGCAUUUGUACAUUACCAAACCUUUGGAAACUGACAGCAAAUUCUUGUGAAGGAAUGAGUCAUUUUAAGAUGUGUGAAGCUGGAGGUGAAGCAAGUGUAGGUUGCUCAGCAAUGGCGUUGAAAAUGGAACAACUUUUUUUCUCACAUUGCAAUUUAUCUGAUGAUUCUCUUGCUUUCUGUCUUGCUAACUUCACUAACAUGAUACAUUUAGAUAUGAGUUUUAACAAUUUCACAAUUCUUCCAAGAUGCAUCAGAGAGUAUCACAAUUUGAAAUAUCUUUUGUUGGAUAAUUGCUACAAACUUAAGCAUAUUGGAGGGAUGCCACCAAACUUGGAAAAAUUUAGUGCCAUACGUUGCACAUCAUUGACUAAGUUAUCCAAAAACAAAGUAAUGGAGCAGGCAAUAAACUUUCAAUCUGGGAAAAGAAACUUUAUUUUACCUGGGGAAAAAUUUCCAGAAGGGCUCCAUAAUUAUAGUGGGGAAAAGUUUGUGUCAUUCUGGGUUCGUAAUAUGUUCCCCACGACUUUAAUCUGGAUUCUUGUUAAAGAUGACCGGGAUUAUGCCUACAGUUGUCAAUUCUCCGUGGACAUUGAUGAGUACACCAAGCUGGGUAUUUCUUCUAUGUGGAGUUCAUUGUCACCAAUAAAGACUAAUCAUAUUUAUAUAUGUGAUAUGCAAAGCAUGAUUCACAGCACUGAACUCCCCAUUACAAAUGAGUGGAGUCAAGUGAAGGUUUCUAUUCAGAGCACAACACAGGAAACAGAAGGUGAAAAAGAAAUUUACUUUGGAGUUCAUGUACACGAUCUACAAAGCAACUUGGAAAAUAUUCAAUUCCUGCAACCCGUGGAUAACUCAACAAAAGAGGGUCUGGAGAUUAUGUCAUGUCCACUGCUUGCUUCUUCUAUCCCAGAGUGUUCAAACAUUCACCAGUUCGCUAUAAUUAAAAGCCCAAAUGCAGUGUUGCAAGAGCAAGAAUUACCACCAUCCCUACGCCGCCUGGCAGUUUCAGGUGGGCACAUGUUGGAGCCUCUGUCUGAAAAGUUGCAUAUUGAAGAUUUAACAGUGGAUUGUUCUGAUGCUGUGCCACCUGCAGUGAUUCAUAUUCCCGCUUCAGUGAAACAGUUAGAGAUGAGAAACUGUGAAAAUCUCAAGGCUUUUUUUGGUUUCAAAGGCACGUCUUCUUCAUCUCCGAAAGAUUUCCAUUUACAAAUGCAAGUUUCUGCCGUCCUUGUUUGA